UAUGAGACAAGCUCAUAUAUUUUGUGAUAGAAAAAUGUUAGGUGGGUGUUUCAAGCUGCAUGCGCCUGUAUCAGAUGCUAUGUCGGUGGUUGAGCUUCGGGUUCACAUGGACUGCGAAGGAUGCGAAAAAAGGAUAAGAAAGGCAAUCUCCAAGCUGCAUGGUGUGGAUAGCAUGGAUAUAGACAUGGAGAAGCAGAAAGUGACAGUGAGAGGAUAUGUAGAGAAAAGGAAGGUAUUAAAAGUGGUGAGGAGAGUUGGGAGAAAAGCAGAGUUGUGGGCAUUUCCUUAUGACUCUGAAUAUCAUCCCUACGCUGCUACCUAUUUGGAUGAAUCCAACUUCACCUCUUCCUACAACUACUUCAUGCACGGCUACAACGAGCCCUCGCAUGGCUACUUCCCUCAACUUCCCUACUCCACCAUCGAUGAUCGUAUCACCUACCGUUUUAGCGACGACAACGUCCAUGCCUGUUCCGUUAUGUGACUCACACUCUUUAUAUACUUCAAAACUUGAACCCUCGAUCGUCUAAUCUAUCAAUACUAUGCGUCUUCACUUUCUUGAGAUUCUGUAUGUACGUAUUAUUGAUAAUGAUACCUACCUAUUCUACCAAUCUCUGUCAUUUGUUAACAUAAUAGGAGUACAUUUUUUGUGGAUUUUUAUGCAUAAUGUU